CUCUGCUGCCAGCGGUGACUGUGCGCAGUGAAGCGGGCGGGGAGCGCACAGCUGGGCGGGGAGGCGCGCCGGCACCAGCUCCAGCUCCAGCUCCGGCGGGAGGGGCAGGCCCGAGUCGGCGAGCAGCGCGGCAAGUGGCAGCCGUCCGGAGCGGCGUCGGAGCCUCGCCUGGCCCAGCCCAGCCCAGCCCCAUGUCCCCGCGGCGGCGCCGCUGAGCGAGCCGAGCCCUUUCCGCCUUCCGGAGCCCGAACAUGGCCACCCCGGCAACGUGCACUCGCUUCACCGACGAGUACCAGCUCUACGAGGAGCUCGGCAAGGGAGCCUUUUCAGUCGUCCGCAGAUGCGUGAAAAAAACCUCUUCCCAGGAAUAUGCUGCAAAGAUUAUCAACACCAAGAAGCUGUCAGCGAGAGAUCAUCAGAAACUGGAACGUGAGGCUAGAAUCUGCCGAUUGCUAAAACAUCCAAAUAUCGUUCGGCUCCAUGAGAGUAUUUCAGAAGAAGGUUUCCACUACCUCGUCUUUGAUCUGGUCACCGGUGGGGAGCUCUUUGAAGAUAUUGUUGCCAGGGAAUACUACAGCGAAGCAGAUGCCAGCCACUGCAUUCAUCAGAUUUUGGAGAGUGUCAAUCAUAUCCAUCAGCAUGAUAUUGUACACAGGGACUUAAAGCCUGAGAACCUGCUACUGGCCAGUAAAUGUAAAAGUGCAGCUGUCAAACUGGCAGACUUCGGGCUUGCCAUCGAAGUCCAGGGAGAGCAACAGGCCUGGUUCGGGUUUGCUGGCACUCCAGGCUACCUGUCUCCUGAGGUCUUACGAAAAGAUCCUUAUGGAAAGCCAGUGGAUAUCUGGGCAUGUGGAGUUAUUCUAUAUAUAUUACUAGUGGGGUAUCCGCCGUUUUGGGAUGAAGAUCAGCACAAGCUCUAUCAGCAGAUCAAAGCAGGGGCCUAUGAUUUUCCUUCUCCAGAGUGGGACACUGUGACUCCCGAAGCAAAGAACUUAAUCAACCAGAUGCUGACAAUAAACCCAGCAAAGCGCAUCACCGCCGACCAGGCCCUUAAGCACCCAUGGGUGUGUCAACGAUCCACUGUGGCCUCUAUGAUGCACAGGCAAGAGACUGUGGAAUGCUUGAGAAAAUUCAAUGCCAGAAGGAAGCUCAAGGGUGCAAUCCUCACAACGAUGCUGGUGUCUCGAAAUUUUUCUGUUGGCGGCAGGCAGAGCUCCGCCCCUGCUUCGGCCACCCUGAGUGCUGCUGCCGGCCUGGCUGAGCAAGCUGCCAAAAGCUUACUGAACAAGAAGUCAGAUGGCGUAAAGCCACAGAGCAACAACAAAGCCAGUGUAGUAAGCCCAGCCAAAGAAACGCCCCCAGUGCAGAUGUCCAUGGAACCACAAACCACUGUUGUCCACAAUGCUAAUGAUGGCGUUAAGGGUUCCACUGAGAGCUGUAACACCACCACUGAAGACGAAGACCUGAAAGCUCCCCCUCUCUCCAUCGGGGAUGGCAGUUCAGUGCUCGAAGGACGGAGUCUCUCUGAGAGCAAACCCCAGACUGAAUCCAUGCAGUCCCAGCUUUCUCUCUGUUAUUCAGCCACGACUGCCACACAGUCUUGUGAAGAGAAACUUCUAGCCUGGGACAGCCCAGGGCAAACAGUGGAGUUGGAUCGUGCUCAGUCGGAGCCUGACCUAACUCCAGUAGUUCCAUUUAUGCUUAACAACCCACCAUUGCGCAAGCAAGAGAUCAUCAAGAUAACAGAGCAGUUGAUUGAAGCAAUCAAUAACGGAGACUUCGAAGCGUACACGAAGAUCUGUGAUCCGGGAUUGACCUCGUUUGAACCUGAAGCACUGGGGAACCUUGUGGAGGGGAUGGACUUUCACAAGUUUUACUUUGAAAACUUAUUGUCCAAGAACAGCAAACCAAUCCACACCACCAUCUUGAACCCCCAUGUUCACGUUAUUGGUGACGACGCAGCCUGUAUUGCCUACAUCCGCCUGACGCAGUAUAUCGACGGCCAAGGCCGGCCUCGCACCACGCAAUCUGAAGAGACCCGUGUCUGGCACCGCCGUGACGGCAAGUGGCUGAACGUCCACUACCACUGUUCUGGGGCCCCUGCAGCUCCGCUCCAGUGAAGCUGAAACAUGGCAGCUUUCGGAGAUACUCAGCGGGAGGGCAAUAUCUUCUCAGCAAGCAGCUCUGGAGUGCCUGAAUUACAGCGACGGUCAUGUCCGUUUUGACGUUUAAAAAACAAAACAAAAAAAAAGAAUUACAAAACCGGCAGCAGCCAAAUGCACGAAACCCUGCAUGAAUCUGAUGCUCCGGGCACUGCCGCCUUUCUGUUGUUUUUCCAUGGAUCCAUCGUGUCUGUUUCUGCUGUAUGAAGGUGUCUUUUAAAUCUUGAGAGAAAUCCAUAUUGUUUGUAUAGAGAAAGAGGUCAUCAUCCAAGAUGGAGUGUCCACUGCCUCCUCUCCAGGGCUGAGGUUGGGGCAGCAGCUUGGAGCGUUUUCCAGAAUCGGAGCAAAGCAGGGGGAGAGCAGGCAGCAGAGGGCUGUGCUCUGGGAAGGCAUGGUGGGUUCUAACCUUGCCUCAGGCUACGCUGCAACUUUUAAGCAGUGAUGUGUGGCUGGUGAGGGGGUCCUGGGGCCAGCAUGGAGAAAAGGGGGGGCAAGGUGGAAGGAGGACAUUUCUCCCCCCUCUGCCAUCCAGCAGACUGACUUGAGCAGCGGAGACCCCGCAGCAAUCAGCCGCCAGCUCCCACUGACGGACUGCGUAAAAAUGAACAAGAAUGUUUUAAGGAACAAGUUUGUGCUGGUUUUAAAUAGCAUAGGAGCUUGCUCUUCAGAGGUGCACUGAUUUUUAGAAACAGCCACUCCUUGGAGGUGUGAAGUCAGUCGAUAAGGAAAAAGUUUAAGAGCAAAACUACUAGGGCAAGAGUAUGUGAAUUGCUUCUCUUGGGAGUUUGGUUUUUUUCCCCCCUUCUAUCUAGAAUAGAUGGGAUCCCGAGUGCUGCGAAAUGUGUGUUCCUUAGGAAACAGUGGAGAAAAAAAUCUUAGUGUUGCAUUCUGCCCUGAAGAUUUGCACACGUAUGUGUUUGCUUCCUGUAAGGUGUGUAACUUAGUUUGUGUUUUAUACAGAAAUCUAUAUAUAUAUGCACCCCUCUUACUGUGGGGCUUGUUGGUGUUCCGGUUUGGCCUGUUCUCUGACGAACACGCCAGGGGAGCCAGCAACUUACGGCAAAUGCUUUUUCCACUUGCCUGGUCCAUCUAACAUUGUUGCUUUGUUUCCUGUUGUUCCAUUGAGUAUGUUGAUUUUUUUUUUAAAAAAAAUACCCAUUCAACUGGUUGGGGCUUUUCAAUAAUUGAUUGAGUCAGAACCUCAGCUUGCCUCCAGGCAUGAGGCUCUCCAGUUUCUGCUUCAGGUUUCUCUGCUAAAGAAGAACCCUUCUGCACUGAAGGGAAAGGGAAACAUAACCCAUUGAGGGGCUGCAAUUGUGCGUGGCCCCUCUUUCUCUCCCUUGCUCCCAAGGUGUGCGAUCUGUAUCCUUUAUUCCCAACACGGGAAAUGUUUAACGAUUGUGUGUCUUGGCUGUUGAUUAACCCCAUUUCCAAGUAGUAGGAAUGGGGAAUAGAAGCUUUCCUAGUAAACUUUUUUGAGUUCAGGUUUUAACACCAUGGCGCGCUCUGCACACUGUCUACGUGGGGCACCCAAAAGCUUUCUGCAUGUCUAGCAAAUAGAUCUGGGGAAUGGAGCUCCCUUGCUGCCCAGAUAGGACUGAGCCAGACAGCAAGCAAGGCGUCUUUGGAAAAGGAGCUGAGGGCAAUAAAGAGAACUGUGACUUGGAAGGACCGCAGAAGGGGAAAGGAUGAGUCUCCUGCUGUGUGCACCAGGCACCCUGGCUUCUUCUCCUGCUGAAGAGAGAGACUGCCGGCUCCGCCCCACCGCACUUAACACCGUACAGGAGAAGGGCGCAAAUCCUCCUCCUGCCUCCGUCCACCUUCAGCGUUGAUUGCUUGAGAGGAGGAAGAGGAAAGAGGGUGGUAUCGAAAGGAGGGACGCACUCUCAACUUUUGCAUACAGGACAUACUUAGACAGCACUAAGCUAAUGAGUGAGGUGAAAAAGAAAAGCCUUGAUAAAUUUUAUUCAGGUUUUUUAACAAUAAAGCCACGAAGUGGGGAACAGGAAAUUAGUUAUGCAGCUUUAAAAAAAAAAAAGACAAAUUCUGCAUGCUUUUAGGUCUGAUCUUUCCUUGUCUCUUUAUCUGAAGAUGAUUAAUAAUAAACCCUCUGUAUUAAGUAUCUGCAUCUUUCAUAACAAUUUGGGGGAUGGAGUUUGAGUUGGAUUUUUUUUUGUCUUUGUUUUUGCACAGUCUUUAUGACAUGUUCUAAUUUAAUGAGAACCUUAGCUUGGUAUGGCCUUUAUCAAACACAGCUAUAGACCUUUAGCAUUCUUAAUGUUCUCUUAUGGGGUUAACGUAAGCAUCUAUAUAAUAUAAUACCAUGUUUUAAACAGGAAAUGAAAGAUGUUUGAUGCAAAAAAUUUUGCAUGAUAGAGAAACAGUUGAAAUUGUUAGGCUUUUUUCCUGAAUGUUGGUAGAACCUUCAUAGCUUUGUUAUAAUGAAACCUUGAACUGAAAAUAUUUAAUAAAAUAACCUUUAAAUC